GAUUAGCAAAAAGUGAAACACGUAAACUCGGGGAUAGAUGAUCUCAACUGAAGCAUAUGAAUAUAAAACUAGAUUCCAGUUUGAUUAGCAAAAAGGAUUGGGGGGAAUUAAUUAAGCAUGGGUGGGAUGGCGAGGAGCUGCGUACAAUCAAUUCUAAAGUUGGUGAACUCGGUGAAUGGGAUGGUUGGGCUGGCCAUGGUUUUGUACUCGUUGUGGUUGAUUAGAGCCUGGCACAAGAGCAUGGCUGACUUGCCAUUUGAAGACUCUGAUUAUCCAACAAUCCCUUGGUUCAUAUACAUUUUUCUUGGCCUUGGGGCUACUCUGUGUGUGAUCACAUGUUCAGGACAUAUUGCUGCAGACACUGCAAAUGGUUGUUGCCUUUAUUUGUACAUGCUGUUUGUCUUUUUACUCCUCAUGCUUGAAACUGGAGUGACUGCUGAUAUAUAUUUAAACCAUGACUGGGAAGAGGACUUUCCUGAUGAUCCAACUGGGAGAUUUGAUCAAUUCAAAGCAUUUGUAAGGUCAAACUUGGACAUCUGCAAAUGGAUUGGCAUGUCAGUUAUAUGCGUACAGGGACUUACAUUGUUAUUGGCAAUGAUACUCAAAGCUUUUGGGCUACAUCAUUAUUAUGAUAGUGAUGAUGAUGAUGUUCCUGAGAGGGUUUCACUGCUGAAUCACCCCAAUCCUUAUGUCGUUGGCGACCCUAUUUAUGGUUCCAAAAAUGAUGCUUGGCAUAUAAGGAUCAACAGCAAGACAAACAGGUAAAUUGGUUUGCAUCAAGUUGCCCCUACUUGUCGCUCAUGCAGAGGCAAAAUAAGUGCGUUGUCAUCUGCAUCUGAUGUUUGUAGGACAAGUCAGUAUUGGAGGUUUAACAUGCAUCAUUCACUUACAAAAGACGGGAGGUGGAAUUAUUGUUGUAAAGAAGUACAAAUUUGAACUCUGUCGCUGUAUACCCAACCAAAACUAAUGAAAUUAACACCUGGUCUAUUUUUGUAUGUAGGAAUUGAUGGUGCUGAAAUAGCCUCACAAUUUAACCCUGCAAAAUGUAGUUGUCAGUAUAUGA